AUGCCAGCUUUGGGAGUACAGCUUGAAACUCACUAUGGAAGUAGGAAAAUAAUCCGACGCUUCGUUCCCAUUAGCAAGAUUUUGAAACCAGUGCUGAAUGAAUGUGUGACCCCAGUCACUUGUUACUGGAGCCUGUCUCUGAUUGUAGGCGGGGAAGAUGAACUUACGUUAGUUUUCAAGGAAUUGAAUCCACCAGUGAAAAUGCUAGUCCCCAUCUGGAAGGCUUUGUGUGCUGCCAUCGACAGUAAAGGAAUUCCUCAUUCAUCUACGAGGAAAAAAUUUUGCCAUCACUCAACACCUGUGAGGUAG